CGUCCUGUAGCUCCAACAUUGAAACGUUUCGCAGAGGGACGGACAUAGCAGAUGACAUGGAUGAAGACGAACUUCUGGACCAUGAUGUUCAGAUGAUAAUUCAGGAAUCCUGUCAGAUAGGACACCAUCUUCCUGUUACAUUUAAAAGUGAAGCUCUGAGGCUUGCAGGGGCCAUCAAACAAGGUGACCUGCUGGCUCUGCAGGAACUCUGUGAAUUGCCAGCUGCCUUCAGUCAGGUGGAUGAGCUCGGCUGGUAUCCUCUGCAUAGAGCAGCUGUCCAGCCUCUAGUCCCCGUCCUGGAGAUGGUGCUGUACGCGUCUUUCAGGCUGAGUCUGGAGGAGAAGACUUUGGAGGGUGAGACCUUCCUGACAUCAGCAGUGAAAGCUGGUUUUGUGGAAAAUGUCAAGAUGCUACUGGACCAUGGAGCUUCUCCUCAUACCACCAACAGCAAGAAUGAAUCCCCUCUGCUUUUAGCAGUCAGAGCUGGAUCCUAUCAUAUGGUUUCCAGUCUGAUAGCUCAGGGAGCUCGGGUGAAGCAGCUGUGUCUGAAAAAGUGGACGGCCAUGCAUGAGGCCUCCAGGACUGGCUGUGUUCACAUCAUGGAGCUCCUGCUACUGAACGGAGGUCAGGUUACAGAGACAGACCAGCAUGGAGUGACUCCUCUGGGCAUCGCUGCAGAGUACAGUCACCCUGAAGUCCUGGAGCUCCUCAUUAAACACGGUGCUGAUGUAAACGCCCAGGCACCCAAUGGUGACAGCGUCCUAUACGACGCUGCAGGUUCAGGUAGUCCAGACUGUAUUGACAUCCUGCUGCAGCAUGGAGCAAAUCCCAACAUCCACAACCUGAGCUCCCAGCUGCCCAUCCACAGAGCAGCAUAUGAAGGACACUACCUAGCGUUAAGGAUUUUGAUCCCCAUCACCACUCGACGGGCCCUGCGGCUGUCCGGUCAAAGCCCCGUCCACUCUGCUGCGGACGGAGGCCAUGCCCACUGCCUGGAGCUCCUGCUACAGAAAGGUUUUGAUGUCAAUGCACUGUUAGCUCCUUACAUCUCUGACAACUAUGGAGACAUGAGGAGGAGCCCACUGUACUUUGCAGUCUCGAAUGGGGAUGCUACAUGUACCGAGAUGCUGUUGAAGUCGGGAGCCAAACCUGACCUGGACUUGUUGCGCUGCCUCCUGGUGGCAGUCAGAUCCAGCCGGUAUGAGAUUGUGAAGCUGCUGCUGGCAGCAGGAGCAGACGUGAACUGCUACUUCACAGUGGUGAACGACACUGUGUUUCCCACGGCGCUCCAAUACUGCCUGAAGGACGAGGUGAUGAUGAGGCUGCUGCUCAACAACGGCUAUGAUGCAGAGAAGUGUUUCCUUUGCGACCAUGAUGACAGCUGGGAGGACCUGAGUGCGUCUGGAUGCUCACAGCAUCAAGAGGAAAAAGUUGCUUUUUGUGAUUUCAUCAGCGUUUCCUGGCUGGUAAACCUGGUGGGUAGAGUCGUGUCCAUCCUCCUCGACUACGUCGGCCAGGUUUCUCUCUGUGGCAAACUGACCAAGAUGCUGAAGAAACACAAAGAGUGGGCUCACAUUCACAGGACCACUUGUAACCCUCGCUCUCUGUGCCACCUGAGCAGAGUGGUGAUCAAGAAACAUCUGAGCUGCAGUGCUCUGAAGUCCAUUCAGCUGCCCAACAGGCUGAAGGACUACCUGCUGUUCACAGAGAACGACUUAUACACCAAAAUAAUCUGCAGGGAAGACUGAGGGAGGAGGAUUUCUCUGAGAUCUACAGAGUCUUAAGCUUCAGCAAUGACUGUGCUUUUUUUCUAUUUAUGUUAUAGGUCCUGUAUUUGCUAAACUUACAAGAAUUACACUGAAAAUGCUUCAAAGAACGAAGUCUGGAACAAAAUAAUUAUUUACUAAACAUCAAAAAUGACAUACAUUAAUCAAGCUACUUUCUUCUUUACACAUUUAGGAGAAACAUCAACCUUUGAGAGCAACUUUUAAGUGAUCACUAGUUAAACAAUUGUUCAGAGCAGGAGCAGCCGGAAAACACAAGGAUUUACUUGUCACCUGCCCCUUACUUUAUCCUUAUAAAAAGGAAAGAGAAUCUGCAGUUGCUGCACAUUUACCUCUAACUAUUGUUGGUGUGAAUUCUCAGUCAGGUGUGAUUAAAACAUUGCAACAAAAGAGGACAUGUAUUUAGGAGCACCAUGAUGAAAAUGUGGCACCUCUGUUUGAUCUAUUAUUGUGAGGAAGGUUAAAGUCUCCUCAUGGUUCCACACAGAGUUGAUGUUUUUGAUGAUUACAACAUGUGAAAUUAACAACAAGUAAAAGAAAAACUGAAGUACAAAACAAAAGAAACAAACAGGAAAGUUUUGUUGCUGGCAUACAUCAGCGAAAUCAUAUUGAAGGAUAAAACAUGAAAGAUGAUUCCACAUCAAAUGAAAAUGUUGUUCUUGUCUUGACAACCCUGUUAAAAACUACAACGUGGUGUAGUAUUCUAUAAAAUGUUUAAUCUGAUUAAAACAUCCUAUUCUGAAUGCCACGUGGUAAUUAUGACCAAUGCUAUUGUACAAUCUCUCCUGAGCAGGAAAACACAAGUCAGAAAUGUGAAAAAUAGCUUUUAAUCUUUCCAAGUAUGUUAAAGCCAAAGCAUUUUGAUAGAUACAAGCCCAGUUUGUACUGUAUGACUGCAAAAUGUUCUUUAAAAGUAUUUCGGAAGGGCAUUAACUAAAAUUAUUACUGUGCCAGCUUUGCACAAAGUAACCACAAAGCAUUUUAAGUUAGUCAUUGAUGGGUUUCAACUCAGAUUUCUGGGACUCAAAAGUUAAAGUCUGGAACCUUUUUAGCUGCAGCUCUGUUUGUAGAACUAUAAGACAGUCAGUGAUGUCCAGCCCAGUCAGGAAGUUAGGGUUCUGAUGAGUUGUAAAUUCUCAAAUAAAGGCUGCAAAUACUGGCAGGCAUAAAGCUAUCCCAGGGCUUCUACUCUGCUGACUUUUCAAGCGUUAUUGUCAGUAAAAACUAUCGACCUUCCAGCAAUUCCAAGGGCAUAAUCCCUCUGGUGCUGAAGAGUUCUUCAUAUUUAACAAAUAAUGGAUGUGUUGACUUUACUUGACAACAGUUUAACCAUCCUAAAAAAACAACAACAACAAAGUGGAAACUGUCAUCAUUAAUAACUGAAUAAAAGCCGUAUUAAUGUUUUUUAAAAGAGCCUAUAGCAAAGUGAGACAUGGGUUUCAAGUUCCAUUUGGGAAUUUGCAGUAUCAUCAGUCCUAGAAAUAAGAUAUUACUGUCACAUUUGUAAGAGUUGUAAAUGUAUUUCUACUGUAUUUUAUUAAAGUUUUCCACAUACAUUGUGUGGAAUCCAUGAA